AUGCGGAUAUCGUCAAAUCGGUUAAAAUGGCACAUUCUCGCAGCGACCGCACUUCUUCUCCUCGUCACGUUCACUUCAGCCAUUGAGCACGAUUCGGUACGUUGCUUUUUUUUCCGAAAAAUUUGCGUCUAAACUUGCUGAAAUGGCACAAAAAGCCGAAAUAGAAGUAUUGUGAAAAAAUGGUAUUUUUCAAAGAAAAGAUUCAUUUGAAACCGAAAUUUUUUAUAAGAGACGAACGAUUCUGUCGUUUUAAAAGUGUUAUUUUCUGAAACUCUAAAAAAUUUGUUUGCAGAUUUGCGACGAGAGCACGGGAGCACAAUGCGCGGAGCCGUCGCACACGGUGAUUCGGCUGGCGAAACGGGACGACGAACUGGCGCGACGAAUAGCCGAGGAGCACGAUAUGCACGUGAAGGGCGAGCCGUUUCUCGACAAUCACUACUUUCUGUACCACUCGGACGAGAAGCGCACGCGACGCCACAAGCGGGCGAUCGUCGAGCGACUGGACACGCAUCCCGCCGUCGAGUGGGUCGAGGAGCAGCGGCCCAAGAAGCGCGUCAAGAGGGACUACUUGUUGCUCGAUGACGUACGUUGAUUUUUUUUUUCCGCCGAAAAUCAAUAUUUUCCUCGGGUUUCUUUGAUUUUCGUUGUCGGGCGACUAAGGGCUAGAAAGUGAGACAUUUGAGGCCGCAAACCGUCAAAAAAACAAUAAUUGUUUAUGAAAGCAAUCAUGUCUUAAAAACAAUGCAGUACGCAAAUAGCGUAUUUAUUCACAAGAUGGCAACACGAUCGUCCAUUGUUGGCGCCCGGCAGCCGCCGCUCUCUCCAACACUUGGCGAUCCGUCUCUACGUAACGGUUCUUCCGCGUUGGCGCCCAGCACGCCUCCACUGACGAUUUUCUCUUCCGCGACGCCGUCGGGGUCUUUUGCAGCUGCUCCUCGCUGCUCUUUCUCGCUUUUUCCGCCUUUUUUGGCUCAACGUCUGGCACACACUUGACCGGCGUCGUCGACGACAUUUUCAACUGAAAAACGGACAAAUUGUGGAAAAGAGAAAGAAAAUGGGGUGGGAGAGUAGGGAAGGGAGGAUGGAAUGAGAAUGGAAGGUCCGACGUCAUGGCCACGUUCAUUGAUUUUCUGUGGAGGGGCGGAGUAUGAUCGAGCACGAAAGGUUACGUGGCGAGACAAGAUGGGAUGGAAAAUCAAAGAGUACAGAAGACGCUGUGAAUGUUCUCAAGAAGAACGGAAAUUUGAGUGCGAAAUGGAAAAUGAGAUUGUUGGAAAUUUCAAUUUUUCAUUGAAAAGUCUUUGAAAAAGAUUGGAUUCGGUCAAGAACGUGAAUGCCAACAAGCGACUCUUAAAAAAUGUUUGUUGCAACAACAAAAUUGGGAAAUUUGAGAAGAAGUCAUAUUUCUCGUCAUAAGAGCAAAUUCGAGUCUUGAAGUGUUUUUUUUGUUGUUUUGUUUGAAACUGUAAUCUUGCAGGACGUGCGUCACUCGGCGCCCGCCCGCCGUUCGGUUCUUAGUCGGGACAGCGGCGCGCGACGAACGCAGAGACAGAUGCAGCCGACGUCGCCGCGCGAGAUUCCCUCGUUGCCGUUUCAGGACCCGCUCUACAAGGAUCAGUGGUAUUUGGUGCGUUUCGCUUAUUUUUUUUUCUUUGCGAUUCUCUCAUGAAUUUUGCAAGCAAAAUAGUAUGAAUCUCACCGAAAUUCGUAUUGCAGCACAGCGGAGCCGUCGGCGGAUACGACAUGAACGUGCGUCAGGCAUGGCUGCAGGGCUACGCGGGCCGCAAUGUUUCCGUUUCGAUUCUCGAUGACGGCAUCCAGAGGGACCAUCCGGACCUGGCGGCCAAUUACGAUCCGCUGGCCUCCACGGACAUCAACGACCACGACGACGAUCCGACGCCGCAGAACAACGGAGACAACAAGUACGCGUACAAAAAGCCGAUGAGAAGAUUGUUAUAACGGGCCCGAAACUGAUUAUCAAAUAUUUAGAAUCAAUUGAAAUUCUUAUACCGUCUAUAAGUUAUACGUUCCACGGUCUCCAGAGCUGACAAUAUGGGCGUAGCCUCGGCCAAAUGGCGUUUUCAAGAAUUCAGCACGUUUUCUCUGAUUUUUGUGGUCAACGGCGAUGAAAAAUGAUUGUUCGACAUGAAAACACACUAAUUCUCACAGAAUUAAUGACGUUUUGGCGCUCAUUUUUCGCGGACUUUGCUUUUUCGCCUUCGCCGCCCAAAAACUUCUCAUUUUGCGCUUUCUUGACCGUUUUCAGAUAGAAUUGGUUUUGAGAAUGAUAAAUCACGUAAAUACGAGCAUUUUGAGCGCUCGAACCGCAAAAACUACCGAAAAGCAACUGAAAUUCACGCAGUUUUAGCCCAAAACCUUCAAACGGAUAAAUGUGAUUUGCGACUUGACCAAAUUUAACGCUCUUGCGCUUAAAAAAUUCGUAAUAGCCUAUAUAAUCGGUCUAUCGAGAGACAAAUAAGAAAUUAUCGGUUUUUCGCGGCUAAUCUGGCAAAAAACACAAAUUUCGCGCCAAUGUAUCGCUCUAUUAGCGGAGCGCACUUGCGCCCAUUGUCAGCUCUGAGGACCGUGCGUUCUUUUAGUGAAACAUUAACAUUGAAAUUCGGAGAAAUUCUUUUCAAAAAAUGCAAAGAUAUGUUUGAAAUUCAUUUCUUUCUUGCAGACACGGAACCCGUUGCGCGGGAGAAGUGGCCGCUCUGGCCGGAAACAACCAGUGCGGCGUGGGCGUGGCCUACAAAGCCAAAAUCGGCGGGGUUCGGAUGCUCGACGGAGCAGUGUCCGACUCGGUCGAAGCGGCCUCUCUCUCCCUCAACCAGGACCACAUUGACAUUUAUUCGGCCUCGUGGGGACCCGAGGACGACGGAAAAACGUUCGACGGACCGGGACCGCUCGCCCGGGAAGCCUUCUAUCGGGGCAUAAAGAACGGACGCGGCGGAAAGGGGAACAUCUUUGUGUGGGCCAGCGGCAACGGCGGUUCCAGGUGGGUCCACGCAUUUUUUUUUUCACAGAAAAGUACCGUUUUGUUUGUGAAAUGUCAAGAAAGAAUGGUCUCAUGGAAAACACGUCUUGCGAAUUUUUUAACGAAAAAAUUAACGUUUCAAGGAUUUCCUUUUCCUAUUUCUGUAAUCUACCGUUUCAUUACUUAUGCUUGAAAAAAAUGGUUUGUUUCGAAAACAGUGUGCUUACGUUCGAUAACUGUUCUUUUCUUCUGUUUACCCGGAUUUUUUAAUCCAAAAAAUUAACGUUUCAGUGACUUUUAUCAACUAAAAAAAAAUUACCAAACAUGUUAAAAGAACAGUUUUUGACUCGCCUAUCGAGGUUUUCCAAUUUUACCCAAUUUUCCUGGUAUUUUUGAAAUUUACAUCAUCAAUUUGGUAGUUGCACUUCGAAAAAAAAAACAUUGAUUUUCCAGACAAGAUUCGUGUUCUGCCGACGGCUACACCACCUCUGUCUACACGCUCUCCAUCUCGUCGGCCACCUUUGACAAUCAUCGGUACGCGUCUGUCAACAAAUUUUUGUCAACACAAUUUGUCAUUUGUCGUCUUGUCAUCUUGUCAUUUGUCGUCUGUCAAUUUGUCACAAUUUGUCAACAAAUUUUUAAUUUAAUUUUAAUAAAAGCAGACGCGAGAGAUUUCGCGUCUCCGUCUCGCUUUUUCGCACACUAAUCGCCUCUCUCUCUCUGCCUCAGUAUUGUAUAAAUUCACAUUUUAGGCCGUGGUACCUGGAAGAGUGUCCCUCGUCGAUCGCGACGACGUACUCGUCGGCGGACUACCGUCAGCCGGCCAUUGUUACUGUGGAUGUGCCCGGCGGAUGCACCGAUAAACACACGGGAACGUCCGCCUCCGCCCCACUCGCCGCCGGAAUUAUCGCUCUCGCACUCGAGGCCAAGUGAGUCGUUUUUCUCGUUUUUCUUGUAUUGCCUCUGAUUGAUUUGCAAUUUUUUGUUGGAAAAAAAAGCGAAAUUGCAGUCCGGAACUGACGUGGCGAGACAUGCAACACAUUGUGCUGCGGACCGCCAACUGGAAGCCGCUGGAAAACAAUCCGGGAUGGUCGCGGAACGGAGUCGGCCGGAUGGUGAGCAACAAGUUCGGCUACGGGCUCAUGGACGGCGGCGCACUCGUCAGCAUGGCCAAGACGUGGAAGACGGUGCCCGAGCAGCACAUUUGCACCUACGAAUACCGACUCGCCAGCCCGAAGUGAGCAACUUUAAUGCGUUUUUUUUUUUUAACGAAUCGAUUGUUUUUGCAGUCCCCGCCCGAUAAUCGGUCGAUUCCAACUCAAUUUCACACUGGAAGUCAACGGAUGCGAAUCGGGAACGCCGGUGCUCUAUUUGGAGCACGUGCAAGUCCACGCUACCGGUUUGUCUUUGAUUUUUUGAUAAAGAUUUCCCCACUACUGGCUAGGUCGAAUUCAUUUGAAAAAAAACAUAACUGUUUGAGCACUUUUUGAAACUGUAAACUUUUUUCCGCUCAUAAAACAGUUGUUUGAAAUCUCUGAAAUGGUUGCAGUGCGAUACUUGAAACGAGGCGACCUCAAACUGACGCUGUUCUCGCCGUCCGGCACCCGAUCGGUCCUUCUCCCGCCGCGGCCCCAAGAUUUCAACGCCAACGGAUUCCACAAAUGGCCGUUCCUUUCGGUGCAACAAUGGGGAGAGGACCCGCGCGGAACGUGGCUGCUCAUGGUUGAAUCGGUCACCAACAAUCCCGCCGCUACUGGUACGCUCUUUUUUUUUUUAAAUUUUAUUGCAUAACUCGCCCCCACUCUGACCUCCACAUGUUAAUUUUUUGAGAAAAAGUUUCAAUGGAAAACAAUUUCAGGAUCGUUCCACGACUGGACCCUCUUGCUGUACGGAACGGCUGAGCCGGCGCAAGCGGGCGACGCACAGUUCGCCGCCACUCCGGCCACUUCGCAGGGCGUGCUCUCGCGUGUGCAGCAGCUCACUUCACAGGUACGCACAUUUUUCGGCAUCGGAUAAUUUUUUUUUUGCUGAUUUUUCUGGGCCCUUUUUGGUGUGUGUUUCUCUCUCUCUUUCUCUCGUUUUCUUCCCCCCUAAUUUUGAAAAUUGUACGGGUUUUUUCAACGAUUUUGCACAGAGUGUGUGUGUGUGUGUGCGUGUGUGUGCAAGUUUUUUUUUCUAAUUUAAAAAAUGUCAAAAAAAUCAGCUAAAAUGGCCCGCCCCCUCCAGUUGUCCGUCAAAGUCUCUCAAUUCAGUUUCUCAGUGUUUUCUCUCUUUCUCUCUUAUUGUCUGCGUCUCUUCCACGUGCCAUACACUGUCUAUUGUCCGUCUGUUUCUGUUUUUGUUUCUCGUGUAAAUGUCCUCCGAUGCUCUAGAAAUACUAGAAGAGAAUUGAUUUACAGUGCAUUUUUCUAUAAUGAUUUUUUUUUUCGCUCAAAAAUUUGCAGUGUUCUAAUUUGAUAAAACAACACAUUUCUCUAUUUCUCUGUUUUGUUUUUCCCUCCCCAGAUUUUCAACCCAUUUUCCCCCACCGAAUGGCUCAUUUCUCACUAAUUCUCAACAAGCACCACUAGCAUUUUUCUUCCGUUUUUUUCCGUGUCUUUUUUUCUGCUAAUCGUACACCGCCCUAUGGAGAGAGCGUCGGGAAAGUGUUGCGAUUGUGUCUUGAAAAACAACUUCACGAUCUUCUUCCGACUUCGACGACUCUAUCACUUUCAACCAAUCGAUAACCGACCCAUUCACACUUUAAUCCACUUACCACUGCCACCGCUGUUCCGUAAAAAUGGAAAAAGCGAGGCCGCGCCGCGCCGAGAGCCACAACUGUCCCGAAUCGGAGAACCCACCUGCAGAGGUGGUUCAAUUGUUACAAAAAGUCAGUGUUGUGACGGGCUCUGAUUCGGGACAGUUGUGGCUCGGCGCGGCCUCGAAAAUGCAAUUGUCUCUACGUGUCGCACGGUCUCCAGAGCUCAUGUGGCGGCGAACACUUUUUCUCUGAUUUUUGUGGUCAAAAGCGAUUUAAAAUUGUAGUUUUACAUGAAAAGACAAUCGUUUUCGAAAUUUCUGACGAUUUGAUCGCUUCUUGACCGUUUUCAGACAACAUUGACUUUGAAAAGGCAUUUUGAGCGUUCGAAAAACGAAAAUUACGCGAUUUCGCUUAAAAAAUUCGUUUUGACCUACUCAAUUGUUUUGUCGCGGCGCCAAUGAGAAAUUAUCGGUUUUUUUUCGAGGCAACAGGCCUGGGCGAGCGAUUCGGUUCGCGAGAGAGAAGCGAUUAGCGUGUGAGAGGGUAGAGACGCAGGCGCGAAACAACAAACAACAACAACAGCGAAACAGUUUCGCGCCGCCUGCGUCUCUGCCUCUUCGCACGCCUAAUCGCUUCUCUCUCGCCCACCUCUGCGAGGCAAUUUUUGCAAAAAAAAAAACUGGAAAUUUGAAUUGAGCUCCAGUCACAGUCAAGCUCUGGAGACAGUGCGCUCCAAGAAGCGAAGUGCAUGUGUGCCCACUCCCCGCCCCCAAUCCGUGUCCUCAGCUCGCAUUGUGUUGUGAUUGCAGAAGCGUCCGUUGAAGCGGCCGCAGGCGUUCUCGCGAGUCCGUCAAAUGCCGAUUCCGUCGGGAAGCGCCCAACGACCGUGGGUGCCACAACGACCGCCGCCGCAGCAGAUGUUCGCACAGCAGAUUGAGCAGCAGCAGCAGAACUCGUUUGGCCAAUGGGUCUGGGACCCGGUCUCGCAGCGAUGGGUCUGGUCGCGGCGGAUCCGAAAACACAAUAACAAUAUGGUGCAUCGGCGGAGAUUUAAGCAUUCUUUGGUUUAACGACUCUUUCUUCUCUCUCUCUCUCUCUCUCUCUUCUUUUUUUAAUCGGGAAAAUUGUGAAUGUUUGUUGGCGGGUCGGCACCGUUUUUCUUUUUCUUUUUUUUUGCACACCCCUCUCCUUCUCCCUUCUUGGACACUUUUACACGUUUCUGGCCUAUGAAAGCUUUAAAAAAUGCUCAAACACGUGUCAAGUGUUCACAAUUUUCCCCCCGUCGAAAAAACGUCUCUUUCCGAUUUCAUCUCAUUUUUCCCGCUCCCGGUGCUUCUUCUCCCUUUGCUCUUGGAUAAUUUUCAAAAAAAAAAACCGCUCGGUGAUUGCCUUUUUGCCCCCGUUCAAACGAUGAUGUGUGUCUGUAAUAAUUUGCAAACGAUAUUUAAUUCUUCCUCGCCGUCCGAUGUUUUCUAGAGAAAACUAAGUUUUUAGUCUUUCCACACCCUGUUUUUUUCCAUUCCCCCCCACCCGGUCCACACAAAACAAUGAAUGCGGGCUUCUUCUCUCCUCCUCCUCCUCCUUUUUUUUCCGUUUUUUUGUUGUUGUGAAAUUUUGAAAAAAUGUCUGUAAAUUGAUUCUCUUUUAUGGCUCUGUGCGUAUCGUGUUUCACAAAUGUUUGCAUGUGUUUUACGGGUGGUUACGGUAUUUUUGUGGGUGGAAAAAGGAUUACGGUAGAGUUUUUCACGCUGGCUUUCAGAACAAUUUAAGGCUUUUUGAAGGCCCGUCGAGGCCUGGACUUUUGACGGACUUGCAGUGAUGCGAUCGGACCCAAACUCUGCAGGCUUCGGGUCCAAGUUUCAGCCCGAUCGGAUCAUCUGGUCCCGAGAAAUGUGGAUCAUUCCGGGCUUUUAGGCCUUCAAGCACUAUCUCGAGAGUAAUUGAUCCGAUCAGGCUGAAACUUGGACCCAGUAUACUUCAAUUCAAGUACAAGAGGCCUGCAAAGUUUGGGUCCGAUCGAAUCAUGGCAAGUGGGUGUAAAAGUCCAGGACAAGUUGCCCAGCCCUGAACAAAACAUUUUGUCUCUAUCUAGAGUCUAGAAUCUUAUCCCUCCGUUGGCCUUAUUCUUUGAAAUUCUAGGAUUUUGAUAGAAAAUUGCUACACCAAUUUCUCAAUAUUAUAGAUAUUGUUGCAAAUAAUCGCACUUAUCUUCGUUCUCAAAAAUUGAACUAGAUUUUCGAUAAAACCUACCGUAAUCCCCGCUUCCAAUUUCUGCUUUUUUUUUUUCUUCAUCGUCGUCUUUCAUUGUGGGCCUAGAGGUGUGUCUUGACGUCACUGUAUAUAUAUAUUCAUACAUAGUAAUGCAUAUUAUCCUCGAAAGUGCCCACGCAUUCGGUAGUGUGCAGAUUGGCAUACCGACUGCGCUCGUCGCCCUCCAAAUCGCCGUCGUCGUCGUCGUUUUGGCCGUCGGCGUGUACGCGUGCCGUCGUCAACGACGAAUCGCCGAUUCGUCGUCGGCCCCGCCCGUUUCCGAUGACGUGGCAAUGACACGGAUGGACAACACGUCUUCUGGCGGAGAAUCGGAAGAGGAGCUGAUGCGUCGAGCGAUUUCCGCGUCGCUCGAGGCGGAAAACGAGCGGAAAAUGAUUGAGAAGGCGCUCGCGGAGGCGGACAAUCGAUAG